AUGCCUCCACAAUUCAACAUUGAUGAUUUUAUGCGAUUAAGUAAAGUUGGAGAAGGAACGUAUGGUAUUGUUUAUAAAGUCCGUCAUAUUCCAACAAACCAAAUCUAUGCAUUAAAAAAAAUUAGGUUGGAAGGUGAAGAUGAUGGUGUUCCUGCAACAGCUAUUCGUGAAAUAUCAAUAUUGAAAGAAUUACGUCAUCAAAAUAUUGUACAAUUACGUGAUGUUAUAUUAACUGAUGCACGCCUUUAUCUAAUAUUUGAAUAUUUAGCUAUGGAUUUGAAAAAGUAUAUGGAUUGUCUCGGUGCUGAAGAAAUGGAUUCUGAUUUGAUUAAAAGUUAUAUGCAUCAGAUAAUUGAUGCGUUGUUGUUUUGCCAUUGUCGACGUAUUAUCCACCGAGACUUAAAACCACAAAAUCUAUUAGUUGAUGGGAAAGGAAUCAUUAAAUUGGCUGAUUUUGGAUUAGCUCGUGCAUUUAGUGUUCCAUUAAGAAUUUAUACACAUGAAGUUGUCACACUAUGGUAUCGUGCUCCUGAAGUUUUAUUAGGUGCUGCACGUUACUCAUGUCCAGUUGAUGUUUGGUCAAUCGGUUGCAUCUUCGCUGAAAUGUAUACUAAACGUCCAUUAUUUCAUGGCGAUUCUGAAAUCGAUCAAUUGUUUCGGAUAUUCAGGACAUUAGGUACACCAUCAGAUGAGGUAUGGCCAGGCGUUGUUAGUUUACCAGAAUUUAAAAGUACAUUUCCAAGAUGGAAAAAUAAUGAAUUAGUAACAUUAUUAAGAGAUCGUAUGGAUGAUGAUGCAUUGGACCUUUUAUUGAAAAUGUUAGUUUAUGAUCCUGUUCGACGUGUAUCAGCCAAACAAGCAUUACAACAUCCCUAUUUCGCUGAUUUUGAUCCAAAAGUAUUACCAUUACCUGUGGCAGUCACAAUUCCAGUUGUUAAAGAUGAAUAA